GUUCGGCGCUGACGGGGCCGACGGGCCGGGAGCGGCGGAGCGGCCGGAGCGGGCGGCGCCUCUUCCUUCCUCCUCCUUCUUCUCCUCCUCCUCCUCCUCUCUCCUCCUUCCCGCAUCCUCCUCCUCGCCCCCCUCCUCGCCCGCCUCCGCCCCCCCUCACGCAGGCACCGCGGUUCCCGGCACGGACAACAUGGCGGCGGUGUCGGGGGCAGGGGCUGCGGGCGGCUCCGCCAGCGCCGGCGGCCCGGAGAUGGUGCGGGGACAAGUGUUCGACGUGGGGCCGCGCUACACCAACCUCUCCUACAUCGGCGAGGGGGCCUACGGCAUGGUGUGUUCUGCUUAUGAUAACGUCAACAAAGUUCGAGUUGCUAUAAAGAAAAUCAGUCCUUUUGAGCAUCAGACAUACUGCCAGAGAACUCUGAGAGAGAUCAAGAUCCUACUGCGCUUCAGGCAUGAGAAUAUUAUUGGAAUAAAUGACAUUAUCAGAGCUCCAACUAUUGAACAGAUGAAAGAUGUAUACAUUGUUCAAGAUCUUAUGGAGACAGAUCUUUACAAGCUCUUAAAGACUCAACACCUCAGCAACGACCACAUUUGUUACUUCCUUUACCAGAUUCUGAGAGGGUUAAAAUAUAUCCAUUCAGCCAACGUGCUUCACCGUGACCUCAAACCUUCAAAUCUGCUGCUUAACACCACGUGUGAUCUCAAGAUUUGUGACUUCGGAUUGGCUCGCGUUGCAGAUCCUGAUCAUGAUCACACAGGAUUCCUGACAGAGUAUGUGGCCACACGUUGGUACAGGGCUCCUGAAAUCAUGCUGAAUUCUAAGGGUUACACCAAGUCUAUUGACAUCUGGUCAGUGGGCUGCAUUCUGGCAGAGAUGCUCUCCAACAGACCCAUCUUCCCAGGAAAACACUACCUUGACCAACUUAACCAUAUCCUCGGUAUACUUGGAUCCCCUUCCCAAGAAGAUUUGAAUUGUAUAAUAAAUUUAAAGGCCAGAAACUACUUGCUUUCCCUACCACACAAAAAUAAGGUACCAUGGAACAGGCUGUUUCCAAAUGCUGACCCCAAAGCACUUGAUUUGUUGGAUAAAAUGUUGACCUUUAAUCCUCAUAAGCGGAUUGAAGUGGAGCAAGCUUUAGCCCAUCCAUAUCUGGAGCAGUAUUAUGAUCCAAGUGAUGAGCCUGUAGCUGAAGCACCCUUCAAGUUUGAUAUGGAGUUGGAUGACUUGCCAAAGGAGAAGCUGAAAGAAUUGAUUUUUGAGGAAACUGCAAGAUUCCAACCAGGAUACCGAUCUUAAAUCGUGAAUAGGACAAGGACUUAAAGGACUGGGCAUGCUCAAACGUUGCUGUUCCUCUUCCCAGUUCUUUAUUGUUGGUCAUGUCUUGUGGCCUCUCUCAGCUUAUCCACUAACUCCUUUGAGCCAUUCAGGAGGGCGGUUCCUGGUAGUUUUGGCUUUUCAUGCUUUCAAUGAAUCUCUUAAGCCUGAAGAAUUGUAAUUGACACUCCUAAGCAUAAUGCCCAUUGUUGACCUGUUGCAGUACUGUACUGUACGUGCACCUACUGCUGCCCGUGUUUUAACUGCUUGCUUUCUGGUUUGAAAGAUGCAGUGGUUCCUUUCACUCCUGGAUCAAUAUCCAAGAAGAUAAUUCAUUAACCUGUAAGACGUUUACACCAUGAACUAUGGUUUUCUGACUUUACUGAAGUCGCUGGCAUAUUUUGUUUUGUUUUUUUUUUUUUUAGAAAAGCUACUAUUCAGGGCACUUUAAGUCAGUGACAUCCCAGAUUUUUUUUGCACGUCCUUUCUAAAUAGAAAUGGUUGGUUAGCAUCCAGCAGAGUGUACCAUUAUGCUAUGGAUUGCAGCAUAAGUUGUGUUUAUGUUAAUCUUGCUUAUGCACUUGUUUGGGUGUCCUGUGCUGUACAUACAGGUAUUCUAUCCAGUGUAAGAGCCACAUAGGAGCCCAACUUAACUGAAUUCAUCUAAGAAACAUUUUUCCAUGUAUUGACAAAAUUUGUACCUUUUUCUCCCUGCUUUUUCUAAGAGAGAACAUUUAAAGUUUACCCACGUUGGAGGCAUAGUACUCCCCAAGUUCCUACCAUGCAGUAGUGUUUGUAUGGCCUGUGCAAAGGCAAGGUGGCAGCUGCAGCUGCUCUUUGCUCCUGGGUGCUGGAAGGGUUAACACAGACCACGAUGGCACCAUGACCCCACGGCCAGUGCUUUUCCUGGGCAAGGCAGCCGUAUCUGGUGGCAAGCAAGAAACCAAAAUACGAUGUUAAUUGACUCAGUCUACAUCCUGCAUAGCAAUGAAAUGCUUCAAAUGAGGAUUGAUAGUUUUGACAUUUGAAUCUAAUCACUGACAUUCAGAUUCUUGCAGAGAGGAACACUGCAUCUUCAAAUGAGAAAGUUUGAUUUUACUUUUGCUCCUACAGCAUGUCAGCAUCUCAAGUUCAUUUCUUGCAACCUACACUAUGGUGAUUUGUAAUCAAGCCUCCAUGAGCUCGUGACAUGAAGUACUGUUCUGUUGUCAAGUACUAUCAAACUUUUCUGAUAAUGCUGAGUUAGGACAACCAAACAAAGCUAGCACUAAAUACCGUUUAAAAUUGUAUACCUUUUAAUGAUCUUUUCAAGUAUUUGUUACUGAAAUUGUAUAAUGUGGAGUUUACUAGGUGUUAUGUUCCAGUGCAGUGCCUCCUUUUCUUUCCCCACUGCUCUCUGUGGUGAGAAAUUUGCCUUGUUUAAAAUAAUUACUGUGCCCUCGCAUGACUGUUAAAGCUUUCUGUGCAAAGAUGAUUGUCUAAGUGCCACAUGCCUAUGAUUGAGAAAAAAAAUAAUCUAUUGUUACCUCUGAGUUGUGUUCAACUGAAAUGCUAUUCAACAAAUAACUUAGGAAAAAUAGUUCUAUUUUUAGCUUUUCAUAUCUCUGCUGUCUUUUUCUCAUUUUAUUUUGGCAGCAGUGAAGAAUGGAUUGUAUAAAGACUGCUUGCUAAUAUGAACAAAAUGCACUUGUAAUUCCUGGAAAUAAAUUUAAAUCUUAUAUCUUCACAUUAACAUUAAGAUUUAGUUUUUGGUUUCCUCUUGGGUAAUGUCUUUGAAUGGAAAUCAGGUUCAAUUGCUACUGUAGUACAUAAGGAUGCUGGCUGGUUAAUAACUCCAGGCUUCCUCAUACCAUUUAGUCUGCUCUUCAGAGAAAUAUAGAAAGCCAUUAACUUAGAUUCCAGUAGAUAAGGGUGCUUACAAGAUUCCAUUUCAAAAUUUUCUUUUUCCUAUAGUUUAAGUGUUAGUCUGCCAAAACUAAUUUUUAAUAAGCAAGGGUUCAUCAUUAAAGGGCAUUUUCUAUUAGGAAGUUCCUGUGGUACAUAAAUCUCUGUUGUGGGGAACAAAUUUGGAGCAUUGUCAGGACGCUGCACAAGUGAUCAUGGGAUCGUGGUAUGGAACCUAUGCUAAAAACAUUUCUAUAGAAGAAAUAUGCACUUGACUGUUGAUACCAGUGUAGAAAUUUCUCUCGACCUUUCUACACAUCUUUACCAAAAUGCUUUUCUCACUCAGUUUUGAAAAGUUGAAAUAUUUCUAGAAUCUCUGCUACUUGCAUGAUCAUCAUUACAACAGGAAUAAUUUUUGGCACGGUUGGAAAGAUGACUGUUACUGAAAUUAGUUUGGAACACCUCAGUUUUAAUUUAUUAAGGAAGAACUUUGGCAGCUUACUUCACCCUUUUCUUUUCCAAUUCUUUUUUUAAUACUUACUUUAAUUUAGGAUGCUUGGGGAGGUGUAGACUUACCCUUGCAUCCUGUCUCUCUGAGUGAGAAGCUGAGGGUUUGCUUUACCUAAUGUCUGGUGCUUUUGGGCUUUCUUCCUUAGCUACUUUUGCUGAAUCCAUUUGGCAUCCAUCAGGAUCCAUAACCACAUUUAUCAGUCUUUAACUGAACUCAGUAAACAUUGUUGGGUUAAAUUUGUUGAUGCGUCAAAUGCUGAAGCACGAUCGAUUUUUCUUUUUUUGUCAGAUUUUGAAAAUAGUUUAAAGAAGGUGCCUCUAACAACACUGUGUUAGGUCAGUUAUUUCACCAUUUUACAUCGGGUUAUUUUCUUUAUGCAGCUUUUAUAUUUUAGAGCGGAGAACAGCAACUCUUAUUAAUUGAAGUAGCAUGCAUAUUUCAUGGUAAAGAUGCUUUGGGAAUAAGGAAUGUAAACAGUUCACUGUCAAAAACAUUCCAACCUUACAGCUGAAGAAAAAUAUGCAAACGCAGAAUUCUCACGGAUGCUUUGGCAAACAAGCAUCUGACUCUGCUGUCGUGCCCGUGGCCAGACUCUUCCUCAGCCCUGUGGCACCAGAGCUGGGCCGCGUGCGCCGGGAGCUUCCGCCAGCGGCAGCGGGGACGCAGCUCGGCGCUGGCCAAACAAAACCCGAGGAGCUGAGCAGGGCUUUCCUUGCAGAAUGAGAGAAAGAAAAACCUGUUGUUGCUGCCCACUGUAAUAUGCUACGAUAUAUUUAUACCAUGUCGAAGUUGUUUGCUGAGCAACUGUACUAUAGAUUUAAACUUUAUUAAUAUAUAUUUGCUUAUGUUAGUGUAGUUUAUAUAGUCCUUGGUUAUUGAUAAAUUUAUUGUGUUGUUACAGCACAGUGAUAUGGUAUAAAUAUAGGUCUAUACAUACACACCAUAUACUUACAAAUUUGGUCCCUUGCAUAGUACUUUUAUAUUUGUACAGCAAUGUCUUCAAGCAAUCCCAGAUUUUAGGGGAAAUAUUUUUGUAAAUGCAGUGGUUUAAGCAAAAAAGUCCAAACAAUCCUUUUACUAAGUUUUAAAUACAUUUGUGGUUCAAAAUGGUUUAGUUAACAAUUGAAAUCAAGACACUAAAUUAGUGAAAAGUGCACAUUAGUAAAGUGAAGCUUACAGUGGUUUUUGUAGCAUGUGCUGUGAUCAAACCAAGUGACACAUCAGCAGAAAUGUGAAAGUUGGACUACAUGUGUAAAUCUAGAACAAAUUUCUAAAGAUUGCAGCUGGUUUACUUACUAUUGUUGCCUUUUCUCGUGUUGUAUCAGUGUAGAGCACUCUUAAAAUACUCAAACUGCUUUGUCUUUGCUUUGUACUGUUGGUGCCUUCUUAGUCAUGUACCCCACAAGUCCUGCAUAGCUAAUUUAGUUAAUGGUAAGUUUAAAAUAAAAAAGCAAAGGAAGAUUUUAUAAAAAAUAAAUAAAUCAUUUUCUGUAUGUUCUUAUUCAUUGUAACAAUUAAACAUUUAUAUUGUGACAGAUUUGUGAUUUGGUUAAUCUGUAUAGAUCAACUGUAAGUAGCAAAGGUUUAUAUUUCGUCUUAUUCUUUUGAUGUUGUAAACGUUUGUGAUUUUCUUUUUUAAAUCAGGUAACUUAAUGUUCUGUUUUGUUUUUGGCAUCUGAAUCUUGUAAAAACAAAUGCAAAGAAAAUCAUUAAAUCGUGUCCCUGUAUUACCAAACCAGCAUAGUUCCGUGCAUAUCUAGAACAACUGGGACUUUGCUUUGUCCUGGGCUGCUCCACUGGCUGAUCCAAAACUGCCCCUCCUUGGAAGUGCACGGGGAGCAGCCUGCAGGCAAGAGCUGUAACUGCUCAAGGUGUGUGUCCUCCUGUGGAACUGUACCAGCUUGGAAUUAAAUUAGGGAAGCCAUCAAAAAAAAAAUCACGGAUGAGCUUUCUUUAUAGACAGGCAGAAAUGUUUUAUCUUUGGUGUGAGAAAAUUAUGAAAUCUUGAACUGCUGAGUGAUGCAAAUCAAUUGCAGUGUAUCUGAUGGUUCAUGGGCUUUUUGGGCACUGUUUAUGUGGAUCUUCAUAUUGCACUGUCCCCACAAAAUCUUGAAAAUUAUUACUUGUGUAAUCCUUAGAGGCCAAAUGUUUCCAUUUCAGUACAAAAAGGUUCUUCUCUGACCAGGGGUUUGAAAUGUGGGAUUUCUGGGAGCAGUGCAAGUAGGUUCAUAUCACUGUCAUGGACUUUUAAUUCUUCAAACUGAACUCUUAAAAGGUGUAGCUGGAUAAUGGCAGCUAAAAACUUCUCCAAUUAAUAUGAAAAGGCAAAAAAAUGUGACCUGAAAGUAAAGAAAGCUUAACCAUAACUGACAGGUGUGUAACAGCUCUAAGAAUUGGCUUGUAAAAAUUCAUAUCUCAUUCCCCUCCUUGGCUUUCACUGCAGACUACAGAUUUUUUUUUUUCCCCCAAGAAUAAUACAAAAUUUAAUUUUU